AUGUCGUCCACCGGCACUCAAACCCAGGAUUCCAGCGCACAGUCGGUCAGCUCGGCCGCGUCGAAUGCCAGCAGCACGCCCGCGCCGUCGACCUCGGCCACUUCCACCUCGCAGCAGUCUACCUCUAGCCAAGAUGACAGCCUCGUCUGCCGCUGGAACCAGUGCAACGAGCGCUUCAAUGCUGCCGAGACCCUUUAUGACCACAUCUGCGAGCGCCAUGUCGGCAGGAAGAGCACAAAUAACCUCAACCUGACUUGCCAAUGGAACUCGUGCCGCACCACCACCGUGAAGCGUGAUCACAUCACCUCUCACAUCCGUGUCCAUGUACCGCUCAAGCCGCACAAGUGCGACUUCUGCGGCAAGUCCUUCAAGCGUCCCCAGGACCUGAAGAAGCAUGUCAAGACCCAUGCCGAUGACUCGGUCCUCAACGGCCGCUCUCCUCAGGACCAGAGCGUCGGUCUCGGCGGCGCCUACCGCACCCAUCCCGGCAAAGCUCCUUCCAGCUAUUAUGACCACAAUGGCCACAUUCGUACUAACACGGCCGCCUAUGGUCAGCCGCACCCCAACGGACACGCUAGUUACUAUUCCCAGCCUGCCCCGUCCUACGGAGGUCCUCUGUACUUCCAGCAGCCCCUGAACCCCCGCAGCGACUACCUCGGCCACCAGGCAGCUGCCUAUGAUGCCCGCAAGCGUGGCUUCGAUGACCUCAACGACUUCUUCGGCAGCGCCAAGCGCCGCCAGGUCGAUCCGUCCUCCUACGCCCAGGUCGGCAGGUCUCUGCUUCCCCUGCACGGGGCUCUGGCCAUGCAGACGGGCGGCCUAGGCGCAGAGUACAUGGCAGCGCCGCCACCUCCCAGCGUCGUGCCUGUUGGCGGCCCUCCCUCCCACGCAGGACCACUGGCUCAGCACUACUAUCUGCCUCCCAUGCCCAGUCUGCGCACCAAGGAUGAUCUCACGCAGAUCGAUCAGAUUCUGGAGCAGAUGCAGACCACCGUCUACGAGAACUCUGGUUCGCCCCCGAACCCGCACUACCCUCACGGCUUCGACAUGCGUCACCAGUCGCCCGCUGCACGCCCCACCAUCGUCAGCGACCACUACGCUGCCAACGUCUCGGCUGCCCAUAUCCAGUCUCCUAUCACGGCUGUCUCUUCAUCCCAUAGCGGCUCUCCUGCCGUCACUCCUCCGUCCAGCAGCAUGUCCUACACCUCUGGUCACUCGCCAGGCGCGUCCUCCUCGGCCUUGUCGCCAGGCUCUCGCCAUGGGUCCACCACUGCCGUCGCCUAUCCCAGCCUCCCCGCUGUGACCAGUGUCGCCUAUCCCGGCUCAACCCCGACCUCGACCCUGGGAUCUAGCUUCAACCCUAUCGAGCGCCGGCUGUCUGGUGGCAUGCUCCAGGCUGCCAGCCGACACGGCAGAGAGGAGAGGUCUACCACCCCCAAGGCUAGCGAGUCCGCUAUGUCGUCUGUCAGCUCUCCCUCCGACGCCUCGGACUCGAGCAGCGAACCCGAGUCUUAUGAGACCUGGGUGCAGAACGUCAAGCUCAUCGAGUACCUCCGCGAGUACGUCAAGGAUCGUCUCAAGAGGCACGACUACGAAGAGACCAGGGAGCAGCAUCGCUACGAUCCCAUGUCGAUCGACUCGCACAAGGAGAAGCCCGCCGAGCGGCCAUUGUACCCCUCGCUCCGGAUGGCUGCCGACUAG